AUGAUUGUCGGGCUCAUCAUCAAGCUUUCUCCGGGGACUAUUAUACAGCGCAUGGUCCAGUUCAAUCAAGGCUACUUUUUCAACCUUUUACUGCCUCCCAUCAUUCUCAACUCUGGCUACGAACUAAAAAGGCGGCAUUUCUUUUUAAAUUUUGGUACUAUUCUGACGUUUGCCAUGGUGGGCACAUUUAUAGCGGCCAUUGUCACAGGAACCUUGGUAUUCCUUUAUGCAUUUUUCCACCCCGAAGGGAUCCAUAUCAGUUUUCUGGACAGCAUGAUUUUUGGAUCCAUUCUGUCCGCCACGGAUCCAGUCACGAUUCUCGCCAUCUUUUCUCAACUGAAUGUGGACCCUCAGCUAUUCUCGAUUAUUUCGGGUGAAUCACUGUUGAACGAUGCUGUCGCCAUUGUGCUUUCCGAAACAUUGCGUCAGUUCCGUGGACAAGAAAUGCAUAUUAUCAAUGUAUUUAAAGGCAUCGGUUACUUUCUUGGCGUCUUUUGGGCUUCCACGGCCAUUGGUAUUCUGUUUGGUAUCUCGGUCGCAUUGAUGCUCAAAUACUCCCAGUUGUAUCGUUUACCAAAUAUCGAAACAUGUCUGAUUGCUCUUAUGGCCUACAGCAGCUAUCUAUUUUCGAAUGGCGUACAAAUGUCAGGCAUUGUUACAUUGUUAUUCACCGGGAUCACUUUGAAGCACUAUGCAUAUGACAACAUGUCACUGCGCACCAAACGAGCUACACGCUACGUUUUUCAAAUCUUGUCCCAGCUAUCUGAAAACUUUAUCUUCAUCUACUUGGGUGUGAACCUUUUUACACAAGCCGAUCUCGAUUACAAACCGAUUUUUAUUCUAGUCACCACGAUCGUCAUUUGCAUUGCGCGUUACUUAUCGGUCGCACCGUUAUCUCUGCUAAUUAAUUGGAUUUCCCGUGCGUUUCGGCGACCCGAGCCCUUACCGCGAUCUCAUCAAGUGAUGCUGUUUUGGAGCGGGUUGCGUGGGGCCGUAGCCUUUGCGUUGGCAUCGGGCAUUACGGGCGAAAGCGCGUCCGCUAUGCGAAUCACCAUCCUCGCUGUCGUUGUAUUGACCGUCCUGAUAUUCGGCGGCACCACCAAUCGCAUGCUUCAAGUGUUGGAAAUCCGUACGGGGGUGACCGAAAUGGACGAUCCAAGCAGUGACGAGGAAGAAGAUGUGGACCCUGGUCAGUGGCGUCGAAGACCGUCGUCUUAUCGCCGACAAAGCAAUGCCGGUAGUCGGGAACGGUUGCUGGAUUUGAGCGACGAUGAAGGCAGCCCAAGUCACCACCGACGUGGAUCUUUCAGAAAUGAUCCUGUGGAUGUCUCCAUCGGUGGGCUGUUAUCCGGACCGUUAGGCAACCCUAUUCCUGACCCAGAUCGAGCGCACUGGUUCAUGUCGUUUGAUGAAAAAUACCUGAAACCGUUCUUCACCAAACGUCAAGUGCAAGCACGGAAUCAAACGCUGGCAGAGUACUGGAAGCAAAAGCGACGGAACAUGGACCGAGAAAAUCGCCACAUGCUCGCCGGGGUCCGCGGCAUGAGUUUCGGAUUGGAGUCGCAGGCAGACGAUGACGAAUUUGAUAACGAGGCAGUCAAUUUGAAUACCGUGCAUGGUAACACAAAUCAUCAAAACAAUAUACCCAUUCAGUCGUCGUCGUCACCCCGGUUUCCGCGCACCUCAUUUAGUAAUGCGCCUUCAUCCAAACUGGUGAUUGGAUCUGGAAGAGUGUUUGGCCGAUCACCAUCGUCUCCGCCCGACGGGUAA